AUGACCUCCAACCCGCAACACGAGGAUGAUACGAUGCCCGAGGAGACGCAGGGCUACAAGCUCUCCCAGCCAAAGCAGAGCUUGGCUGAGUAUCAGCAAAUGGACGCCGGCGACGAGUCUCUCCAGCGCUACAAGGAAUCUCUCGGUCUCGGUGGUGGCAAGGACAUCUCCGACCCCAACGAUCCCCGUGUGUGCAUCAUCCAGUCUCUUACCCUCGACGCCCCCGGCCGCGACCCCGUCACCAUCGACCUGUCAGCCCCUGGCAGCGAGGCCACCCUCAAGGACAAGCCCUUCAAGAUCAAGGAGGGUUCCAAGUUCACCAUGAGCGCAAAGUUCAAGGUUCAGCACGAGAUUCUAAGCGGCUUGACCUACGUCCAGGUCGUCAAGAGGAAGGGGAUUAAGGUUUCGAAAGACUCGGAGAUGAUUGGGAGCUACGCGCCCAACACGGAUAAGCAAACCACAUACACUAAGAAAUUCCAGGAGGAGGAAGCACCUUCUGGCAUGCUCGCGCGUGGUCACUAUAAUGCCAUUUCUAGCUUUGUCGACGACGACAAGAAGACGCAUCUUCAGUUCGAGUGGAGCUUUGACAUUGCCAAGGACUGGUAG